GGAGGCGAUUCCUCGCCCCCCUUCCCCUCCUCCUUCUCCUUCGUUGGUGGAAGAUUUCAUUUCUAGGUUUUCGCGAGCGGGCGGUUUGGUGGGAGAAUCACCAUGGGAAGAGGCUAUGAUUACAGUCCAUCACCGCCAAGAGAAUACAGGAGAAGAGGCCGCAGCCCAAGUCCUCGUGGGCGCUAUGGAGGACGUGGCAGGGAUCUCCCAACUAGUCUUUUGGUGAGGAAUCUUCGUCGUGAUUGUAGGCCUGACGAUCUCCGGAGGCCAUUUGGAAAAUUUGGUCGUCUUAAAGAAUAUCUUCCCAGGGAUUAUUACAGUGGGGAGCCUCGAGGAUUUGGGUUCAUCCAAUAUUAUGAUCCUGAGGAUGCUGCUGAUGCAAAGUACCACAUGGAUGGGCAAAUUCUUCUUGGCAGGGAAGUUACUGUUGUCUUUGCUGAGGAGAACAGAAAGAAACCAUCUGAGAUGAGGCAUAGGGAAAGAGUCAGUAACAGGGGGCGUUCUUAUGAUCGAAGGUCGCGCUCUCCUAGAUACUCCCGCUCAAGGUCACCUGGGUACUCUCCGAGAUCACGGUCCCGUAGCUACUCACCUGCACCUAAAGGAAAGCACUAUUCAAGGUCUCCUGCCCAUCGAGAACGAUCUCUGUCGCGCUCACCAGUGGACAGCAGAUCACGAAGCAGAAGCCCCUCUGACGACCGCCAUAGCAAGUCACCUGACAGGGAGAGGUCUCUGUCUGUUAGCAAGUGAGGUAGCUUAGGACCCAGUAACGCCUACUGGGGGGACUAGAUGAUGAUGGUUUGCUUCUUGUUACUACGUUGAACCAUGUUUCGGAAUCUUUGGGUCAUCCUGAUCUUCUAGGAAUAUUAAUGUGCGUUCAGCUAGAGUUCCUUUUCGUUGGUGAAUACUGAAGAUAACAUUGAAGUAUCAAACACUUCCCAUGUCGUUUCCCCUGCCCAUUUGAAGUGGUUGGUAAAUUCCUUGUGCGGCUAUGUAACGCCACUAAUGAUUUCCCCGUCGUCGCGACUCGUCUGCUGCCUUGCCAUAUGUUAAUGUAAGAGAAUAGCCUGAAGUACUAGUCUCCCAAGUUGUGCUCUUUAUACUGAUGAUCUUAUUUUGUUGACCCCCUCAUUCUGCUCGUCA